AUGUCUUCGAAGAAAGUCGCGCAGACCUCCUCUGCUUCCAUCAACGCAACAUCUGAACAAUCUCGCUUCCACACGGAGACGCUCAAUACCUCAGUUGCUGAGAUUGACCUCAAGGGUGUUUCUAUCACCAUCGGUCAAUGUGAGCUCAUUGCAGACAGCCGACUGAAGCUCAAGGAAGGGGUGCGAUACGCAUUGGUGGGCAGGAAUGGAACGGGGAAGUCCACCCUUCUCCAGGCCGUAUCGCAGAAGCUCAUCCCCGGAAUCAGCACCGCCGUUCGAAUUUUACUCGUGUCCCAGGUCGAGGACACCAGUGAUGCACUCGAGGAUAUCAACCGAGAUGCCUCUGUAUUAAUCCAUGUCGUGCGAGGCGAUAAAGAACGCACCGAAGCUAUGAAAGAGUUUGAAGCGCUCACAAAAGCAGUAGAAGCAGCUUCUGUCUCCGAGACGCAGCGAAUUGUCUCUGAAAUCCGGCUGGAGCGGUUACGUAGGGAGCUGCAAGAGGCUCGGAAGAUUGCUUCAAGGACGUCGGGAACAAGGGGCAAGAAGGCUCGAGAGGAGGAGAUCAAAGCGGAGGAACGCGUUCAAGACGCUGAAACAAAGCUUGCAGAACCUACGGUGGAACUUGAUAUUGCAGCACGGGCAGCCGAAAUGCUGAACGACGUUUCGACGACUUUAGAGCUGCUGGAUGCUUCCACCACUGAAGCACGAGCGGCCACUAUCCUCAAUGGGUUAGGCUUCACUAAAUCGAUGAUUGACAGCCCAUUCUCCUCACUCUCUGGCGGCUGGCGGUCACGCUGCGCUCUGGCCACUUCCCUACUCGUUCAGUCUGACAUACUAAUGCUAGACGAACCUUCGAACUUCCUCGACCUUGAAGCUACGCUCUGGCUAGAGCAAUACCUCAUCUCCCAAGAUCGCACGCUCGUCCUGACGUCCCACGACCAAGUGUUUUUGAAUAACGUCGUCGAUGGAACUAUCAUCCUCCGCGACAAGACACUCCUGUAUUUUGAGGGCACUCCGCGUGCUUUUGACAUCGACGAGCGCAAGAAGCGGAAAGCUGCCGUGAAGGCACAGGAUGCUUUGGACAAAAAGAAGGAACAUAUAGAGACCUCCAUUCGGAAAGGAAAGGCGUCCGCUAAGCAAACAGGCGAUGAGAAUAGGCUUCGCAUGGUCAAAUCUAGACAGAAGAAGCUGGACGAACGUUGGGGUGCCGAAACGAGCGCUAAAGGCACUCGCUUCAAACUCAACAGAGACCUUGCAGGUUAUCACCUCACUAAUCGAGGCGAGAUUGCCAUAGAGGAGGGCGAAGCCAAGGUUAAGAUCGCCAUUCAUAGUCCCGAGAAGCUGCGUACUGCAGGGAGCUUGGUCCACUGCGAGAACGUGUCGUUCCGGUAUCCUAAGGCGGCGAAGGCUACUCUCGAGGGUGUAACGUUCACCGUAGAUCAAGGCGGAAGAUGUGCUUUCGUCGGUGCUAAUGGCCAAGGCAAAUCGACACUUGCAAAACUUAUCCUGGGCGAGCUCUCACCGACGAAGGGAUCAAUCGUCCGGCAUCCGACGCUGAAGAUUGGCUACUUCUCGCAACACUCCGUUGAGGAGCUCUCACGCGACCUCAAGCAGACCGCGCUCGGAUAUUUUCUCGACCACUUUGAGAAGAAAGGCGACAAAGUCACUGAAAUGGAAGCCAGGUCAUGUCUCGGGACGCUUGGUUUGGGAGGCAAGAUUGCGAGCGACACGCCGCUUGGUGCGCUUUCUGGUGGACAAAAGGUUCGACUGGCGUUUGCGCUCAUCGUGCAUCGACCGCCUUCUUUGCUGCUUUUGGAUGAAGUGACAACACAUGUCGAUGCUCCAACUAUACAAGCUAUCGCUGUAGCUCUCCAAAAGUUUACGGGCGGAAUUAUCCUCGUGACUCACGACCGGUGGUUUAGCCGUGUAGUCGUCGAGGGAUGCUCCUUGGCCUCCGCGGGAGCUUUCGGAGAAGACGAAGAAGACCCGGACGAUAUCUCGGAUGCAUCCUCGGAUGAUGACGACGACGGCAAUCAUGCUGGCAAUCGAGGUCAAACGUACUACGUGGGCAUAGGCACCAUCAAGCUGUUGGAGAACGGCAUGAAACAGUACGUCGAGAUGGUGGAACGUAGGUUGAGGAAGAAACAGAGGGCGGAGGAAGUGCAGGGCAGAAAGCCAGGUGGCUAAGUCGCUAUGUUGGUGUGCGGCUUGACCCAACUCAUAUUUUUUGGUUCUUGCGCUCCUACCAUGCGUGUUAAUCC